GCCCGGGUCGCUGGUUGCUGCUGGGGGUGGGUCCGGGGACCAGCCGGAACCCGGGACCGGGCGGGACCGGGCGGGAGCCGGACGUGUGGCGCUGCGGAGCUGGGAGCCGACCCUGAAUUCGUCCCGCCUGCGGAGAGCCGAGCUCAGGGGGCGCCAGAACCGGAGGCGGAGGAGUUGAAGUCAGGGCUGAGUGGGCGGAAGAGAGCCUGGGCUGAGAUGAGGCCCAGGAGCGGGAAUUGAGAGAAGGAGCUGGCACCCGAGGGAGCGCGUUGGAGUGGUCACGCUUGGGAUCGGACACAUUUUCAAAAUGUCAGGCUGUUGCCUUUUAUCCAGUUCCUCGUGGAACUGGGUUUUUCUUUUCGGAGCCAGUUGCUGAGCCCUCCCUCUGUCCCAUCUCAUUGCAUUACCUGACUCCCUCAGGUCCAGGUGGUGCUUGAAUUCCUGUUUGUCCAACCCGGGACUCCUAGCUUUUGUGGCUGCUGCAUUUAACUGGAACUGCUGUCACACGGGUGAAGGCACCCGGCCGCUUAGUCAGCUACGCAGAUUCUUUAAUGACUCCCGUCUCCUUUUGUUUCAAAAGGCCUUGAGUCUGAGUACAAUGUAUUUGUCCUCUUAAGGGCGAAGACCUUGGGAGAAAGGGAAGAGAAUCUCUAAGCCUUGGUGCAACUCCAAAAAUGAAAUGACACUUUUAUUUUCUUAACAGACAUGGCCACUUAUCACCCAUCAGGACACAUGCAACUACCCCGGGCUGAUGCCAUUCGUUCCCGGCUCAUUGAUACUUUCUCUCUCAUCGAGCAUCUGCAAGGCUUGAGCCAAGCUGUGCCACGGCACACAAUCCGAGAGAUACUUGAUUCUUCCCGUCAGAAGAAGCUUAUGUUGGGAGAUCAACACCAGCUUGUACGCUUCUCCAUAAAACCUCGUCAUGUAGAACGGAUUACACAUGCCCAGAGGCUAAUGAGCACCCUUCGAGUGCGAUGCAGCGAGAGGCCACCUCUUUCCUUAUGGGCUGGAUGGGUCCUUGAACGUCCUAUCUUCAGAAACUUUAUCAUCUUCCUCAUCUUCUUGAAUACAGUUGUACUGAUGGUUGAAAUAGAAUUGCUCGAAUCUGCAAAUACCCGAUUGGAGCCACUGAAGCUGACUCUGGAGGUGGCAGCUUGGUUCAUCUUGCUUGUUUUCAUCUUGGAGAUCCUUCUUAUGUGGCUAUCCAGCUUUUUCCUCUUCUGGAAGAAUGCCUGGAACGUUUUUGACUUUGUGGUCACAGUAUUGUCCCUGAUUCCUGAGAUUGUGGUGCUGGCAGGGGUAACAAGCAAACCUGUAUGGCUCCAGUUGCUGAGGAUCUGCCGGGUACUAAGGUCUCUCAAACUCUUUGCACGAUUCCAUCAAGUUCGAGUCAUCAUUUUGGCCCUGGUCAGAGCCCUCAAGAGCAUGACCUUCCUCUUGAUGUUGCUGCUCAUCUUCUUCUACAUUUUUGCUGUGGCUGGUGUCUACUUCUUCGAGAAUUACACCCGUUCAACUCGCCAGGACCUGGAGUAUCAUGAGUUCUUCUCGGACCUACUGAAUUCCAUAGUAACCGUGUUCAUUCUCUUCACCCUGGACCACUGGUAUGCACUGCUUCAGGACACCUGGAAGGUGCCUGAGGUCAGCCGCACCUUCAGCAGCAUCUAUGUCAUCCUCUGGUUGUUACUUGGUUCCAUUAUCUUUCGAAAUAUCAUAGUAGCCAUGAUGGUUACUAACUUCCAGAAUAUCAGGAAUGAGCUGAACGAGGAGAUGACACACCUGGAGGUCCAGCACAAAGCCGACAUAUUCAAGCGGCAGAUUAUCCAGAGGAGACAAAACCUAAUCCCUGAGGCACAGAGGUCAAGCAUUAGCAAACUGGAUGCCAGAGAUGCCAGUCAACAGGGGAGACCUUCAGACUUAACAGAAGCUUCUCAACAAGAGUCUAAACAGAGUGCCACUAGAAAGGGUUCAAAAGCAUCUAAGCCAAGAACAAAGUCCUUGUCCAAAAGGAGAAAGUCUACAUCUUCCUUCUCUUCUUCCUCCUCUUCAUUUUCCUCCUGCUCGUCGGCUUCUAGCUCCAGAUAUUGUGACCUUAUCGGUCAGCUGGACUGGGAGACUCACGUGCACCAGAAUCUGCCUGGGCUAAUGGACAUGGAUCAGGAUGAACGUGUUGUCUGGCCUAGAGAUUCACUCUUCCGGUAUUUUGAGUUGCUAGAGAAGCUUCAGUAUAACCUGGAGGAGCGUAAGCAGCUACAAGAGUUUGCAGUGCAGGCGCUGAUGAACUUUGAAGACAAGUAGAGCUGACAGUGGAUGGCGUCACUAUUUUUGGCCAACAUAAAUGAAGGAAAUAGCUGGAAAUGUAGAAUUCAAAGUCUAAUAAAUCCUGUUGAUAAUUGUGCAGUGAUCUGUCUCAGAGACAGAGGGGAUACUGAAAGAUAACAAGAUCAGGUGAAAAGUUGGUUCAGAUGCCGCUGGGGGCCCCGGUCCUUGGCUUUCUACCCUUGCCACAGCUCCUGAGUCUCACUCUUCCCUUGGCAUUGCCACUACCGCCCCCGUCUUUUCUGAAGCAUCUACGUCCUACUAGAGUCCUAAUUUACCUCACUAGUGAGUACAAGUCCCUGGGGGUUGGGGGUGAGGCGACCCCAGAAGCUGUGAGUGUAACUAAUUGAGAACUCUUGUUGCCAUUACUUUGGCCACCUGAUUCGAAGAGCCAACUCACUGGAAAAAGACUGAUGCUGGGAAAGACUGAAGGCGAAAGAAGGGGGUGACAGAGGAUGAAAUGGUUAGAUAGCAUC